GGGAGGGGGGGCGACCGCGGGGGCGUCGCGAUGGCGGCCGCCGUGGGCCGCUCUUCCUCGGGAGGCUCCGCCGCCGUGAGCGAGCUGUGCCAGAACGGCCGCGACACCUUCCUGGAGGCCUCGCGGCUGCUGCUGGCCUACGCGGACAACAUCCUGCGGAAUCCUUACGAAGAAAAAUAUAGAUUAAUUCGGAUUGGAAAUCCAGCAUUUUCCACGAGGCUGUUGCCUGUCAGAGGAGCAGUUGAAUGUUUGUUUGAAAUGGGGUUUCAAGAGGGAGAAACUCACCUGAUUUUCCCUAAGGAAGCAUCGAUUGAGCAGCUACGUAAAAUCAGGGAUCUAAUUGCUGGAGAGAGGAGUAGCAGACUGAAUGAGUCAAAUCAGAUCCACAUACCAGGCUCCCCUGAAGCUGUAGCCAGCACUCAGACAGCUGCGCAUCGGCCUUCGAGACCUGCUGACCCUGUUCAUGCCCCUGCCCAGCAGCAGCUGGAAACAUCACUUGUGCAAUCUCUCGAAAUGGCUGCAAAUAUCUUGAAAACACUUCAAAGCAACUUUGAGCAUGUGUUAGUAUAUGAGGAUCCUUCUCUUCAGCAGAAAGCACUAGCUUCAAUUCCCCUCCAGCAAUUGAAAGGGAAGGCUCAGAAAAAGUUAGCACAAGCUACAGGACUGGACAAAGGUGCACAUGUGAAUGAAGAAGACUUCUUGUUAUUGGAGCUCUUGAACUGGUUUAAGAAUGACUUUUUUCAUUGGGUAAAUAAUCUUCCUUGCAGCAGGUGUGGUGGGCAAACAGAACAUAAGAGUGACAAGCUGACACCGACUGAUGAUGAUUUAAGGUGGAAUGCUAGCCGAGUGGAAAAUCAUUACUGUAACCAGUGUCAAUUCUGUAACAGAUUCCCAAGGUAUAGUAGUCCUGAGAAACUUCUGGAAACCAGAUGUGGACGCUGUGGCGAGUGGGCUAACUGUUUUACACUGUGCUGCAGAGCUGUAGGGUUUGAAGCCAGAUAUGUCUGGGACUGUACAGAUCAUGUAUGGACUGAAGUAUAUUCUUCAUCUCAGAAAAGGUGGCUUCACUGUGAUCCCUGUGAAAAUGCCUGUGAUAAACCUCUUCUCUAUGAAACUGGGUGGGGAAAGAAGCUCUCCUACAUAAUUGCGUUCUCCAAAGAUGAGGUUGUUGAUGUCACCUGGAGAUACAGCUGUAAACAUAAAGAAGUACUCACUAGAAGGACUGCGCUUAGUGAAGCUACACUACGUGAAAGAAUUAACACACUCAAUAGAAAGAGACAACAAUCCUUGUCAGAAAGCAGAAAAAGAGAGCUCUUGCAAAGAACAAUCGUGGAGCUUGUUGAGUUCAUUUCUCCUAAACCACCUAAACCAGGAGAAUUUGGUGGAAGGACAUCGGGUUCAAUGGCUUGGCGAGUAGCCAGAGGUGAAGCUGGUUCAGAGAAGAGAAAAGAAGUAAUUUUUGUUCCCUCUGAAAAAGAGAAGACAUCUAAACUCUUCCACCUCACCUACAACAUAGUAGAAGAUAGUUAUAUACGGAUUUCCAAUAACAAUGAAAAAAUAACUGGCUGGGAAGCUGGUGUUUGGAAGGCAGAGUCUGUUUGGAGAAAGGUUGAAACAGAUUGGAAAAUGGUUUAUUUAGCCAGAAAAGAGGGGUCAUCCUCUGCUUCCAUCAGCUGGAAGUUUGAAUGCAAGUCAGCUGGUCUAAAAAUAGAAAAUGUUUCAAUUAGGACAAGCAGUCAGACAUUUCAAAGUGGAAGAAUAAAGUGGAGAGUUUACUCUCCCACAACAGAAAUUGCUCUCUUAGGAGAUAAAAAUCUUUGCUCCUACUCAGAUUUUUGUGGUGCAACAGAAGUUACAUUGGAAGCAAUUCUAAAUGGAGGGGAUGGCGAAACUGCAUGGCAACACACACAGCUGUUCAGAGAAAGCUUAACAGGAUGUGGAGAAAAUUGCUUGGAGAUAAUUAUAAAACUGACCUCUGAGAGCCUGAAAUAAAGAGUGAAAUAAAUCAUCUUUGGAUUCCUUGAAGACACUAUGUCAUGGAUACAACAUGAAGACUUGGUUGGCAGUUCCUGCUUGUCCUGUUGGCAGCUUAUUUCCUGUUUCAAUCCAUCAGUUUAGCCAACUUGAAACUGCAGAAGUGUUGAAUAGGUAAACAUCACAAUGAAAACCUUCUUCAUUUUUAAAGCACCAAAAUGAAGGGAUUGAAUCAUUAAAGUAAUGUCCUUUGCUUAAACUUUAAAGAAAGGAAAGCAAAACUUUUAGAAACCAAAACAUGAUUGUAGGAGCACAGAGUGAUUUUAAUUUUAAGCUUCGAGGUUGGCUUGCUGAUUUUUAUUCUUUUUAAUAACCUACUUCUUGGAAAAAUGGUUUGAAUUCCAUUUUCUGAUUGCAACAGACAUCUUGUGAUAAUUUUAAAAUAUUUUAAAGAGUAAUAGAAGCUUUAGACAUUUUAAAAGAAAAAAUCUGAUUUUAUGUAAUAACCAGAAAAGCUGAAAUAAGAGGAAUAUUGAAGCAAUCUUAAAAUAAUAUUGUUAGUUAAAACAAGUAUUAAACUUGUUUUAAUACCUAGAAAUGUUUGGACAUAUGAUUAUGCUAGGAAAAUAAACUACUCUUGAAAGAAAUAUUCAUUAUGUACCUAAAAUUUUGUCAUGGCUUGUGAUAUGAUAUUGAGAUUUGAAAAUGAAAAAGAGCAUCAGAUUUUUUUAUAUGCAAAAAAUUAUUCAUUAUACAUAUUCUUUUACAAUAUAAAUUCAAUUUUAUGCACCUUUUUACAGAUUUAUGAAGUGUAUAGGUUGAAAUAUUAUUUUUUUUAGCUAUUGUCUUGAGGUGCUUUUUAAUACUGUUCUCAUAUUUGAUGCAGAAGUGUACACAUUUUUUCUGUUCCUUUAUGCAAUGUUUAAAUUUCUUUGCAUUGAAUAUAAUAAAGCUGCCACCCAGGAGAUACCAGAUGUAGCAAUGCUGUGAAUAAAGUAUGGGAUGAAUGUUCAGGUUAGACAGUCUCCAUUAGAGAAUUUGAGGAAGGUUAUUGCUGGAUUGUACAGGAAAUUUUCUAUUGUAGGUCUAUAAUGCAAAGUAUGGCUAAAGUUGUAUUUGAACGUAAGUGAAUACUAGGGAUGAAGUUCCUAAGGCCAGGAAUUUUUAGAGGUUUUUUUCUUCCCUGCUUUUUUUUUUUGACAUUUCCAAUCACAGUAUUUGAAAUGAUUGUCAAAAAUCAUUUGUGUUGAAAUUAGUGUUUGCUGACCUUUCAACAAAUUAAGUAAAUAUUAGACUAUUUGGGUUUCAUUUGGAAACUGCAAGUGCACAGUGAUCAUAGACACCAAAGUUAUACUACAGAUGUCUUAGUAGAUUACAACAGCUCAGGAGUGACAGGAUGAUGUGUAUGUUUUGCCUCAGAAUGCAAAUUGACAGUUUAUGAGGGAGGGAAUAGAAAGAGAGAGUGUUACUCCCUUAAUCCAGUACAACUCUGUGACAAGAAACUGUGUAGAAGAAUGUUGAUCUACACUUGACAAAUGCAAAAUAAAUUUACCAGUCUCCAUUCAAAACUCCUCCUGCUUUAGUUUCAGCUAAAUGCUAGUUCAGAGAUUUGGAGCGGGAACCCAGUAAAAGGUAUUGUAGAUUAUAUACUGCAUUGAAAGAAAAUAGAAAACAAAACCAACUUUCAAAACCAAACUUUUUGUUCAUAUCCUGGUUUGAUCUGAAUGCUGCAUGCAGAGCAGCAACCACUAGUGGUGACACUAGAAAUCAUAGGAGUAAUUUCCUACACCCCAGGAACCUGAUGGGGGAAGGUAAAAAGAAAAAAAGGAAAUCUUUGAAACAUAUGAAGGAAGUUCCUUGUAGGCAGAAUAGAGAGAAAACACAGAGCACAGGAACCAAGCAAACAAUUUUUAUAUCAUUAUGUAUUUGUGCUAAGAUACAAGUAAAAAUUAUCUCAUCUGAUCCUUUGUGAUAAUCCGUCACCUUUACUCAUCAGUUAUCCACAGAGGAUUUUUCACAUAAUAGGGAUUAUAUUUUAUGUCUAAACCGCAUUAUGUGCAACAUCAGGAAAUGUAGAACACUAAAUAUAAAGUAUGUUUGUCUCCAUAGCACAGUGGAAUGAAAACAGAUGGUAGGCAGCACAUAUGGCUGCCAGAAGCUGGGAACACCCAUUUGCAGAGUUCUUCCAGUUUAAAACAAAACAAGCCAAAACAAAGGAACACCAAGGGGAGCAGAGAUUCUGCCAAGCAGAUAUCAGGAUAUCUGUCCUCUUCUCUACAUUCAUACUCCCCUUCUCUUUACAUUUAGUUGCUUAAGCUAAGAAUGGAAGUACACUACACGUUCAGAAAUUAGUGUGUUGUAGUAUUUGUCAAAAUUUAGCAUUUAUUAAAGACAUUUUUAAAAAAUCUCCAAUUCCCACCGUGGUUUCAAACCUCUGGUUUGCUCCUUUGAGCAGUUCACCAACCUAAAAAAAAAAAAAAAAAAAAAUCUUCAGUUGAUAGGUACAGUUUAUUCUCCUCUGCAGUUACUAAUUUCAGGUAGCAGGGAGCAACUGGAGCGGAAUUUUGAGACCUCCCAUCCUAUUAUAUGGCACUUAGGAACAGCAAAGUAACAAACCAAGGUCAACACAGCCUCAAAGAUCUGUAUUUUAGGUGUGUAAAUAUUGUGAAACAUAAGAGUAUAAGUGUGAUUGCGUGUCUCAAUAAAAGGACAGAUUUUUUUUUU